AUUACUCUUGGGGAUAUCACUCCUUUUCUCAAAUUUCUUAUUCCUAUCCUCUUCCUCACCUUUUUCGGAAAUAGGCGUUCGGUCUAUUUCUAUAGUGUCUGAAAUUGCCGCGUCACAAAUUUCGCGAGUGAGAGCCGUGCUGCGGCUCGCGUACAAACUAUUUCAGAUCUUCACCGCCAUUCUGCGGCACAUUUUAGCGUUAAAUCUUUCCGUAUUGAAACUGGUCCAACAUGAUCUGUAUUGGCUUCGAUGCAACAUCGGCCACUAGAAAGGAGAGAAGAAAGAGUAGUAAUCCUAACACGCAUACGUGAAAAAUCGACCCAUAUAACAACAUUGCUAUAAAGCCAUUUUAAGAAGGAAGAACGUUUGUCGACUUUUAGGACGUGUAGUGCGUAUUUUUAAAACACUGUAAAGUACUUAGUGCUUUAUGCCAAAAGAAAUGAAAUAGCAUUGAAAAGGAAUUUUUUCCAUUGCUUCGUUUUCUGGAAGUGGAGUGCAAUUGAAGAGUAUGCUAAUUUUACAAACAAUGGAUUAAAUGGCCGAAUAUAUAUUUGAAACCAGUUGAAGACUUUCAUCGAACUUUUCUUCUUGUAUGACGAUUUAAGGGGAUUCAGAAACAAUGCCUACUGUAGCAAAUUCUUCACUCACCUAUGAAAUUCUUAUGUACCUAAACUCUUUUUAUUUCGGUAUGUUUGCUGUGUGCGAAUUGGGCAUGGGACUGUUCAAAGCCACAAACAUGCCAUCGCCAGGUAUGAAUAAGACUCUAAUGGAGUUCGCACUGCUGGUCUUCUUAAUAGUGACGGAAAGCGGCAGAAUUUAUCUAGGAAGAAGGGGAAAUCUGACCGAACGUGGACUACCAAUUUUCAUUGGAAUUGUCUUGACCGUUCCCAGCUCACUGGCAACACUUUAUUUUCUUCUCUGGCAGUACUAUGUACUCAGACUGGAAGUAAUCCUUUGCAGUAUUCAACUAGCAUUACUAGUAUCUGAGAUGAUCAUUGCAGUCAUGUGCCUUAUAGCCAUCUACAGACCAUCAUCCCCAGAAAAAUAAAUUAAUCAUUGUUAUUUCUCCGAUUUUCUAAUCAUAAUAAUUUUGUGUGUUAAACAUACUUAAUAAUUCAUUCCAAGUUAUUGAUUUAUGAAGACAGAGAUCAAAAUGUUUACCUUUUGCUUUUUUGGCACAAUAAGACUUUUCUUGCUG